UUACAGCCAACCCAAACCCUCAGUGGUCUACCAGCCAACAUCGGAGUAUGGCGAUGAAGAGGAUGGGGAAUUCAAACAGAAGUCUUCUUUCGUGGUAUAGCCAGGGCAAGCAACAUAGGAUAUACUCAGGAGUCUACGGCAACAACGAUGAAUGCGGUUGCGUCCCAAUAACAUCUCCCUUUUCUCCUGAAGUGUGCUCUUGUUCAGUGCUUCCCACAAAUCUCAAAGCAUUGGAUUGGCAGCGGCAUGGGCUAGUGGGAGUUUCCACAUGUUUUCCUUAUACCAGCCAUUUCCUUUCAAAUCAGUGAAGCAAAGUGCACACUUUGGGAGGAAGGAGAGAUAAUGGGGUAAAUGCUAAUACCACUGGCCAUUUUACCUGCUCGGUGUGGAUUGAUUUUAAUCUUUUUUUAAUUCCAUCUGUUUAUAAAAACUAUUUCCACUUUAAUAUUUCUAUAACCGGCAGUCACCUACUGUAUGUCUGCUUUAUUUUGUGGCGGCUGUGUGUAUAGAACUUUUCCUUUUCCCCAAAAAUAUUUCCAUAACCCUGGUCAUAAAAAAAAUUCUAACCCCAAUAGAACAUGCGUUUUAUGCCUUGCGUUCCAAAUUGCACCCUAUUCCCUAUAUAGUCACUAGAAGGAAGGGGAAAGUGAAUACCUACUCUGUUGCACAACUGAAGGCAUUCAACAAAUGUCUUCUGCAUUUAACCCAACCCCGCUGAAUCAGAGAGGUGUGGUGGGCUGCCUUAAUCGACACCCACGUCAUUGAUGCCCGGGGAGUAUAUGUUGGGGGUUAACUGCCUUGUUCAAGGGUAGAAGGGGAUUUGAACCAACAACCUUUCGGUUUCUUGCGCAACACUGUUAACCGCUAGGCUAGCCCAAUAUAGAGCUCUAUGGGCCCUGGUCAAAAGAAGUGCACUAUAUAGGGAUUGGUGUCAUUUUGAGCUACAACCUUCUUCAUAAGGGAUUCAACUUGUGAAGUCUUGAUUGUUCAACCUGACACAAGCUUUGGAAAUACCACAGCUCCCUCUGUCCCAUGCCUCUUCUGUAUCCCAAAUGGCACCCUAUUCUGUAUAUAGUGCACUACUUUUGGCUCUAGGGCAUUUAUGUAGGGAAUAGGUUGCAGUUUGAUACGCAUACCUUGUGUGCCUUGAAUAUCCAUGCUGUUCAGUGAGUUGUAAUGUGAAAUGUGUUGUUUACGGUAGUUGGUUUUAAAUGGCAUUGUGUUUUGAUCAACUCACAUCGAGCUUGAUUUAUACAGCACAUUUCUGACAUGGAAUGCAACACCGUGUGCUUUACAGGGGGAGAAAUUAUAACAAAUAAACUAUUUACUACACAACAGACAAGAGCAUAACACUGAAGAAUAAUGAACUGAAUGACUAAAAAGCACCCUAUUCAAGAGUUUGGGGGCAUAGUAACUAAAGGCUGCCAUUCCAUGCUUCUUGGUCCUAGGCAUUGGGAUAGUUAAAAGGCCAGUGCCAGAGGAACCUACUGGGUACAUAACUUUAAAAGCCUGUCUUACAUGUAUUGGGUGCACAAUUGUGAACGGAUUUUAAAAACCAAUAGAAGAAUCUUAAAAUUAAUUCUAAAACACGCAUGGACCAUAAAACCAGUGUAAUGUAGCUUCUCCAUCUGGUCUCGGUCAGGACCCGUGCUGCAGCAUUCUGUAUGUUUUGCAGUUGACCAAUGGCUUUCUUGGGUAGACCAGACAGGUGAGCAUUACAGUGGUCAAGCAUGCUUGGAAUAAAAGCAUGGAAACGGAUCCACCUUGGCAAUGUUUCUCAGGUGGUAAAAUGCUAUUUUGGUCACAUUCCUAAUGUUUGUAUUAGUCAUUGUACUGUUUGUUGCUGGUCCCAGAUCGGUUUGUGCUGCCGUGCCAGCUCUUUGUCACUCACUAUUAAACACUUAAAUAUGUUUGGCAUGACAAUUCCAUGAAGUUGUCAAGCGCAGUAACAAACUAGCAACCAGACUUGUUGAGAUGUGCAUUCUCCUUUGCAAGUUAUCAAGUUUAGCAUCCCAAAGUUGGGAUAUUGUGCUCACAGCAACAUCAUACAAAGAACAUGGGUGCAGUCGUACUUAAGAUAUUUAAUUCGCAAAAAUUAGUCAGGUUUUAAUCUAGAUCUUUUUAUUGAGCAUUUUACAAUUUUGACAGAUUAAUGUAUUUGUUGUUUAUAAGGUAACACAUGGUUCUAAUAUUAAAUACUAUUUGAAGAACAGUCUCUGAAAGACCAUUUUUGUAAUGGUUGUAUUUUCCAUAUCUUUGACUUUGAGCUAUUAUUAUUAUUUACAAUGUAUCCACAAGGUGCUAGCUAAGAUCAUCCAUGGUCCUUCAGUACGGUUGAGUAUUAUCUACCCUUUACCAUAAUCAGUUUAGCCUAGAUUGAGAGAGAAUAGUCUUAAGGCACACUGUAUAAAAUGUUUUGUUUGGUGUAGGGCUAAUUAGAGAAUGUUAAUAUGCCCUCUGACCUGUGCCAAUUAGAUGUGUUCCCAUGUAGCUUACUGUUUUCCAGACUCAAACAUUUUAAAGAUAUACAAUUUGUACAUUUACAGACCAGUAUCCUUAAAUAGUUUUUGUAAUUCGGGAAUCUCUUAAUUCCGUAGAUGUGCAUGUGGUGCAGAGAGAGGGUAAGCUUCUAUUCUGUUUGCGCAGUCACUGUAUAAUCACUGUGAAUUGAUACAUUUGAUCAUACAGAAAAAUGUGACGUAAGUGAAUCCUGUCUCUUUAAGAAAAAGGGGCGGUGCUGUUGAGAGCUGCAACCUUUUUGACAGGCUGGCCCGACGCUCACUCAAAAUCCAUUCAUAAAUAAGACAUUUGAGGCAUAGUUACAUUGAAUAAAUAAUUUCAGGACACCAAUGUGUUAACGUUUUUAGCGAACAAUUGCAAGAAACUUCCAGCAAAAAAUGGUUUACAUCCUAGUCAGCGCAUUCGACUCGGCGACGUUGAGAGCAAAAGUGACUUCCGACUAGUGACCCCCCUUCUGCAGCUAUGGUUAUGACUUUAUCUGCGUUUCACCAGGAAGCUGCUUAGUUCAUUCUGUGUUCAGAACAUUUGUCUACAGAACCUCCUGUUCGCUUUAUUCCAUCCACUAAACGGGAUUGUCGUUCAUGUGUAGCCAAGUCUAGUCUAAUUCCGUUUAACACAAAUUAUCCGCUUUUUUUCAAUGUCUGCCGCCGCCUCCAUCUUUCCGGUUUUACUGAAAGUAAGUGAAACCGAGGACUGAAAUACCAAUGGAACGGUGAGAGUUAUGAUGGCAGCUAAAGAAGAGCUUUACACCAAAGUCACCCCGCGGAGGCAGCGCCAGAAUCGAUCGGGCACUGUAAAACAUGGGUCAAGUCUGGACGUGCUGCUGUCCAUGGGAUUCCCCAAGACCAGGGCGCUAAAAGCUCUGGUGUCUACGGGAGGCAAAAAUGUGCAGGCAGCCUGUGAUUGGUUGUUCUCUCAUGUGGACGACCCAUUUCUGGACGACCCUCUCCCCAGGGAGUAUGUGUUGUACCUGCGCCCCAGCGGCCCCCUGCUCCACCAGCUCAGCACUUUCUGGCAGCAGUCACGGGUCACCUGCGGCAAGAACAAGGCCCACAACAUCUUCCCUCACAUCACCCUCUGCCAGUUUUUCAUGUGUGCGGACGGUAAGGUGGAGGCACUGAGUGAGGCCCUACAGGCUACAGUGGGGUCAUGGAGGGGUCGUUUCCCUAACCCUCUCCCCCUGGAGCUCUACACCUCCUCCAACUUCAUAGGCCUCUUUGUGGAGGAGCAGGUGGCAGAAGUGCUCAAGGACUUUGCCGCUGACUUUGCUACGGAGGCGGCUACUAAAGCAGAUGUGCACGUGGAGCCCCAUAAGAAGCAGCUCCAUGUGACCCUGGCCUACCACUUCCAGACCAAUCACCUAGCUGCCUUGGAGAAGCUGGCCAAGGGAGUGGACGUGUCGCUGGGCUGCGAUUGGCUGGCCGUGCUCUUCUCCCGGGACAUCCGAUUUGCCAAUCACGAGACGCUGCGUGUGAUGUACCCAUACGUGCCCCAGAAUGAGGACGAGCUAGAGCUGGCGCCUGGCGACUUUAUCUUCAUGACCCCCGUGGAACAGGGUAGUGCCAGCGAGGGCUGGGUCUUUGGCACCUCUCUGGGCACUGGGCUACCUGGACUGCUGCCUGAGAACUAUGUCAGGCGGGCAGAUGAGUGUGACACCUGGGUCUUCCAUGGAUCUCACUCUUUCAGCAACCCAGCAUCCCCGUCCAACACUGGGGGUGCAGUGGGCGGCCUGUUAUUUGAUGGACAGCUGGACGGAAGUUUUCUUGACGACCCUGGAGAUCCAUCCAGCCUCACUGUCCUCUGUCCACCUGUCCAGAUGCUGAGGCCCACUACUCAGUCAUGUCUUCCCAAGAGGAGUCUGUUUGUGUGUCGCCAUGGUGAGAGGAUGGAUGUAGUGUUUGGGAAACACUGGAUCACUCAGUGCUUUGAUGCUAAAGGCCGAUAUGUUCGCUCCAACCUCAACAUGCCGUCUAGUUUGCCAACGAGAAGUGGAGGCUUCCGAGACUACGACAAAGACUGUCCAAUCACAGUAUUCGGCUCCACUCAGGCCCGCCUUGUGGGUGAAGCCCUGUUGGAGAGCCAAGCAGUGAUAGAUUUUGUCUACUGUUCUCCCUCGCUGCGCUGUGUCCAGACUGCCCACAACAUCCUCAGAGGCCUGCAGCAGGAGGGGAAGACUAAGAUCCGUAUAGAGCCUGGUCUGUUUGAGUGGACCAAGUGGGUGUCUGGCACCUCUCUCCCUGCCUGGAUUCCUCCCACUGACAUGGCUGCUGCUAGCCUGAGUGUGGACACAACCUACAGACCUCAUAUUCCCAUCAGCAAGCUUGGCGUGUCAGAGUCCUAUGACGCCUACAUCAGCCGGAGCUUCCAGGUCACCAGGGAGAUUCUGACAGAGUGCAAAAACCUGGGAAACACUGUGCUGAUCGUGGCCCAUGCUUCCUCCCUGGAGGCAUGUACUCGCCAGAUGCAGGGCCUCAGCCCACAGAACGCCAAGGACUUUGUACAAGUGGUCAGGAAGAUUCCUUACCUAGGUUUCUGUGCGGCUGAGGAGAUGGGGGAGACAGGGGUAUGGCAGCUGGUGGACCCGCCCAUCCUUCCAUUAACCCACGGGCCCAAUCACAGCUUCAAUUGGAGGGAGACGCUACAGCAGGACUGAGGAAUUCCUGCCCCGUCCCCACCUCCCAGCAGCCGAGAGAGACACUGCUGAGCUAAGACGGAUGCAGCCAACACAAAGCAAACAUUUCCUCUGCUAUCUAACUAGCGCGGUAAACACACACACACAUACACACCGCUAUCAAAACCAGACCAAAAAUGCCCCGCCUUCCAUCGCAUAUGCUGUGUAAACACACUCAUUGAAUGAGUCUAUAUACACUGAGGGUACAAAACAUUAGGAAUGCCUUCCUAAUAUUGAGUUGAACAGCCUCAAUUCGUUGGGGCGUGGAUAUUGAAAGCGUUCCACAGGGAUGCUGCCCAUGUUGAUUCCUAUGCUUCCCACAGUUUUCAAGUUGGCUGGAUGUUCUUUGGCUGGUGGACCAAUUGUUGAUACACACGGCAAACUAUUGAGCAUGAAAACCCCAGCAGCGUUGCAGUUCUUUACACACUCAAACCGGUGCGCCUGGCACUUGCUACCAUACCUCGUUCAAAGGCAUUUCAAUAUUUUGUCUUGCCCAUUCACCCUCUGAAUGGCACACAUACAUAAUCCAUGUCUCAAGGCUUAAAAAUCCUUAUUUAACCUGUGUCCUCCCCUUCGUCUACACUGAUUGAAGUGGAUUUAACAGGUGUCAUCAAUAAAGGAUCAUAGCUUUCACCUGGAUUCACCUGGUCAGUUUAUGUCAUGGAAAGAGCAGGUGUUCCUAAUAUGUUGUACAAUCAGUGUAUAUUGCAGUAUUGAGAUAUAUAUAAACACUACCGUUCUAAAGUUUGGGGCCACUUAGAAAUGUUGGUGUUUUUGAAAGAAAAGCACAUUUUUUCCCCCAUUAAAAUAACAUCAGAUUGAUCAGAAAUACAGUGUGGACUUUGUUAAUGUUGUAAAUGACUAUUGUAGCUGGAAACGGCAGAUUUUGUUAAUGGAAUAUCUACAUAGGCAUACAGAGGCCCAUUAUCAGCAACCAUCACUCCUGUGUUCCAAUGGCACAUUGUGUUAGCUAAUCCAAGUUUAGCAUUUUAAAAGGCUAAUUGAUCAUUAGAAAACCCUUUUGCAAUUAUGUUAGCACAGCUGAACACUGUUGUUCUGAUUAAAGAAGCAAUAAAACUGGCCUCCUUUUGACUAGAUGAGUAUCUGGAGCAUCAGUAUUUGUGGGUUUGAUUACAGCCUCAAAAUGGCCUGAAACAAAUAACUUUCUUCUGAAACUCGUCAGUCUAUUCUUGUUCUGAGAAAUGAAGGCUAUACCAUGCGAGAAAUUGACAAGAAAUUGAAGAUCUCGUACAAUGCUGUGUACUACUCCCUUCACAGAACCGCACCAACUGGCGCUAAACCAGAAUAGAAAGAGGAGUGGGAGGUCCCGGUGUACAACUGAGCAAGAUGACAAGUAUAUUAGAGUUUCUAGUUUGAGAAACAGACGCCUCACAAGUCCUCAACUGGCAGCUUCAUUAAAUGGUACCCGCAAAACACCAGUCUCAAUGUCAACAGUGAAGAGGCGACUCCGGGAUGCUAGCCUUCUAGGCAGAGUUCCUCUGUCCAGUGCCUGUGUCUUAAGCAUUUUGCCCAGUCUUAAGCAUUUAUUUUGAUUGUCCAGUCUGAGAUAUGGCCUUUUCUUAGCAACUCUGCCUGGAAGGCCAGCAUCCCGGAGUCGCCUCUUCACUGUUGACGUUGAGACAAUAGUGAUUUAACACAUUAACAAUGUCUACACUGUAUUUCUGAUCAAUUUGAUGUUAUGGUAUAUUUUGAACGGUAGUGUAUAUUGAUAGAAUAUAUUGAUACGUAUUGAAGAUGUAUGCUUUAAUGCACUAUUUGUGAAUGAGGAGGUGUGUGUAUUGGCCAGAGCACAAAGGACAGGAGCAGGGCAGCAAAAUCUCCAAGUUGCCCUUUCCCCUCCCUUCCCUAUGCCUCACUGAAUGGGGAGAGCGCUUCAUGAAAACGUGUCAUAUUUCUGAGCCGUUGUUGAUGGCUAACAAACUUAGGUUGGGUCGUGUCAUGAGAAGGGGAUGUUUCAGACAGUGUUGCCUGGGGUCUCUACCCAACCAAUGCUUUGGUGCCACCUUUAAAAAAAAAACAUGGCUGCUUUCUCAUACACUGUGACGAGAAGAGACCUGCACAAGAAACCCCUUGUCUGCUAGAAUCUUCCAUGGCUCUGAAAAUGUGAUGUUCAAUGUACUCAGUCAUUUCACCCCCUGCAUAAACCCUCCUCAAAAAGCACAAAUCUAGGCCUGAAACUUGACAAUCAGAUGAGAGCUGUUACUUUUAGCUUCAGGGUCGAGUUGGCUAGUUCAACCCUCCAACCAUCCCUCAGCAACUCCAACCUAGCCGUAAACGCUUUAUUUAAAGCUUUUAACAUUUAUUUGUUUUUGUCUUUUACAUUUGUGCAGCGCACAUCCUGUUAAAUGACAAGAGUGUUCAUGUUUGUUAGCACAACUAAGAAAAUGACAUGCAGGUAUGUCCAACCAAUGAAGGCAGAGGGACAAUGUCAUGAGCAGUUCUACAUAUCAACCAGUGCCAUGUGUUUUGGGACAGCUAGCUACUGCACAUGAGACACCUAGGAUGUAGCCAACCAACCAAACUACUCUUGCUGUCUGAAUUAUGCUUUUUCUUAUCAAGGUGAAACCGAAAUGGAGAUGGUUGACAGUCAUCACAGAUGUCUUGAGAAGAAGCAUAUGAUCCUAAUGAUCCUUCUCAGAACCUGUUAUAAGCAGUGUUGUGUUAAAAAGCACCAGCAUAUUUUCACUUUUUUUUCCUUCCUUAAUGUAUGUAUGCUUUCCUUUUCCUUUAUAUAGUGACCUAUGAGUGGAGACCUGGUAAAUGUGCAAUGUAACCCACACAGCCCCCCCCCCCACUCCUCCGCCCCAAACGUCACCUUUGCUCAAAACCACAGACUAAACAGUACAUUAAAACCAUCAACAUUGAGAUGCUUCCUCUGGAAGGACUUAUUAUUCAUCUAUUGCCAAUAUCAAUAUGUUUUGUCAUGACGAUCAGUCACGUCACAAAUAUGUCUUCAUUUGAGGCCAACUGUGUUUCGGUCUCCCCGCAAAGCUAUACACAGUAAUAACCUGUUUCUUUCACAACCUGAUAAAUGUCAUUAGUAACCCCAUCUACAGUAUAACAAAGCAUUGCGCUUGCAACAACAUGGCUGCAAACACAAUAUGCUGGCAGAAGUGGGAAAGUAAGAUCUUAGAAAUUAAAACAAUGCCUCUGUCACGCCCCCCCCCCUCUCUCGCUUCUGUCUCUUCCUCUCCCUCACUGUUUUUCUCUCUCUCCCCUCACUGUUUUUCUCUCUCUCCCCUCUUUACUGUGCUCUAUGCCAUGUCUUUGCACAGAGCACAGAAAACUCUUCUCAGGACUCUCCCAUUGUCUGUGUUUAGCCAGUGAUAUGUUUGCUAGAUUAGAAAGUUAUUUGAAUAUGUUGAAAGAUUGAAUAUUUAAGUUUAUUUUAAAUGUACGUGAUUGCCUAUAUGAACCGGGGCAUCACUAUUAUUGAAAAAAGGAUAUAAUGAUAUGGUUGUCAAAUGUAUGUACAAUAUAUACAACAGUCUUCAAAUGAUAAUGUAUGAAACCAUUCAUUUAUAUUGUUGUAAAGGAGCGAAUGCUUUAAUGAAUGAGUGAAGAAAACGUAUUAUUGGUUAAAGAAGUUACAGAUCAAUUUUUUCUGCGCUGAGUUAAUUCCCUUUACUUGGUUUUGCAACUUAACUUUACCCUCACACUGUUUCGUCCAUCCUACUUGAGUUGGCAGUACUCAUCUAUUGAAGUCGUCAGUACUCGACACAGUCUAGUCUUCCCACAUUACCGUUAACUUGUUUUGUUGUCAUUUUAAUGGUAAGAAAAAACUGUUAUUAUUAAUAAUAACCUCCUCUGCGCUGAGCCAGACUGCUCUCACUAUUUCCACAAGUGCUCUCCAUGCAAAAAGGGGAAAUAAAACAAGCUCACAAACUAUACAUGAAAGAAAAAGACAUCCUGUUGUAUUCAUUGUUUUAAGAUGUGUUCAUUACACAGUGUUCCAGAAGGUCGUGGAAUUAUAUUUUGUUGCAAAUGACUGCCUCUGUAAUGAUAAAGGAUUGUGAAAAUUAGUGAUCAUGAACUGCUUAAGAAAUAUACAAAUGAUUUGCAAAUAAAUGUUUUAUCUGCA